UUGGAGUCGCCGCUGUGCGCGCGAUAGGCGGACCUUCAAAAAAAAAUAAAAAAAUCUCUCCUCUCAUCCCACUUCGGGGGAGAUUAACGUCCACAAUAGAGCCAAGAGGAGGUAAAACACGAGCCAUUCACGCAGGGGGACGGCGGCGGACGGACGGGGUUGAAGGCAGGACGACAAGCGAGCGACCCCCCGCUCCAUCUCGCGCGUGCGGAGGUAUUCGAGAGUUGGGGGACGCGGUGGUUGAUUUUUCUCCGGUGGCACGGUGCGGUGGUUGAAAAGGGUUGGCCUCACAGUUCUGAGAUCCCCAGGGGGGAGUAAAAGCUUAUUCCCCUUUGCACAAAGCUGCAAUUGAAGCCACUUUUGCUUUCAUAGCCACGAAGGCAUAAGAGAAGACAUGAGUGAGGACAAGCCAGUCGAGGGUGGGGAGUCGGCCCCCUCAGAGAUGAAUGCCAUUCCUAACGGGAAAGGUCACGACGCGGUAGACGAGACGACUGCAUCAUCCAAAACAUCACCCGUGGACGACGGGCCAAAGGAAACAGUAUCCAACAGUGUCCAGAAUGUUGGUCCUAACCCAACCGAGAACACAGAGGCCAACCAGGCCGAAGGUCAGGAGUGCCUAUCAGGUGCUGACAGCAGCAAAAGAACGCGAUUUACUGAUUUUGAAGGAAAAACAUCAUUUGGGAUGUCCGUCUUCAACCUGGGCAACGCAAUCAUGGGAAGUGGCAUCCUCGGACUGGCGUACGCAAUGGCCAACACGGGAGUCGUUCUCUUUUUGGUUCUCCUAACAGUGGUGGCUGCUCUUUCAUCAUAUUCCAUUCAUUUGCUGCUCAAGUCUUCUGGUAUUGUCGGGAUCCGUGCUUAUGAGCAGCUGGGCUACAGGGCUUUUGGCACCCCUGGGAAGAUGGCGGCAGGUAUCGCCAUCACACUGCAGAACAUUGGCGCCAUGUCCAGUUACCUGUACAUAGUCAAGUAUGAAUUUCCGCUGGUCAUACAAGCCUUUCUUAAGGUGGAUAAGCCAGCAGGGGAAUGGUACAUGAACGGGAACUACCUUGUGAUCAUUGUAUCCAUCGCCGUGAUCUUGCCGCUGGCACUCAUGAAGCAGCUUGGCUAUUUGGGAUACACCAGUGGCUUCUCCUUGAGCUGCAUGGUGUUUUUCCUCAUCGCGGUCAUCUACAAGAAGUUCAACGUCCCUUGCCCGUUCGUCGACUUCACCAUCAACGGCACGGCUGGGGGCCUCCUGAACAUCACGGAUUCCGGUGGGGCGGAUGACCCCUCCUGCGUUCCCAAAAUGGCCAACCUUAACUCCCAAACUGCCUACACCAUCCCCAUCCUGGCGUUUGCCUUUGUGUGCCACCCUGAGGUGCUGCCCAUCUACACAGAGCUACGCAACCCCACCAAGAAAAAGAUGCAGCACGUGGCCAACAUGUCCAUCGCGGUCAUGUACGUCAUGUAUUUCCUGGCUGCUCUCUUUGGAUACCUGACCUUCUAUGAUGAAGUGGAGGCUGAGCUCCUUCACACCUACAGUCGCAUCGACCCGUAUGACCCGCUGAUUUUGUGUGUGCGUGUUGCUGUCCUCACUGCGGUCACACUCACUGUGCCAAUCGUACUUUUUCCUGUCCGAAGGGCCAUCCAGCAGAUGAUGUUCCCAAACAAGACGUUCAAUUGGCCGCGCCACAUCGCCAUUGCAUUCACUCUGCUCACGUUCAUCAACCUGCUGGUCAUCUUUGCCCCCAACAUCUUGGGGAUCUUCGGGAUCAUAGGUGCCACAUCUGCCCCUUGUCUCAUUUUCAUCUUCCCUGCUGUCUUCUACAUUCGUAUUGUACCCAAAGAAGAGGAGCCGCUGCGCUCAACUCCCAAAAUACUGGCGGCUUGCUUUGCUGGGCUUGGCUUCCUGUUCAUGAUCAUGAGUCUCAGCUUUAUCAUUAUUGACUGGACUUCAGGCAGCAGCAAAGCCAGCAGUGGCCAUUAAACCAGCUUCGUCAGACCCCCCCCCCCUCCCAUCCCCAUCCCCAUCCAGGAAUUUAAAUCUGGUUUUAUGUGUUCUUAUUCCUUCGUGGUUUUUACUUUGGAUCUUCCAUAGAGAAUAUCGGGAGGGCGCCAUGUCUCUGCACAAAACAAACUUUGUACUGUAAAUCUUGCCACACAACACUACCAGACGGAGAGAAGUCCAUUUUAAGGUGGGUGGGGGUGCCUUGUAAAGGGGGAGGUGUACAAAAGAGGAAAAAGCAACAAUGUAGGAAGCUGCUUUCUUUCCAUGUUCAUCUGUCACUGUCCUGUGAGGCUGGUCUGCAGUCCUGCGGGUACUGCAAUACACGCGUUCUUUUCAGCAUGGAAAAUGUACCGAAUAGAAGAAAUACUUGCGCAAUGUGUCCGCAAACUUCAGCCUCCGUCCAAGCCCUCGUGUCGUGCUGACGGAACACAUUUUCCAAAACAUUCCUUCAUUUUAUGAUCAAAUUAGAUGUUUUUAAUCAUGUAAAUAAAAAAAAAAUAUCGCUCGUAUUCCUUUAGAAUUUAGCUCCUGGCCAUCUUAAAAUGACUUCAGGUGGAUACUUAUCGUACAAGAGGUGCCUUGAGAUACAAGUUUAAUUCGUCCUGUGAUAAACAACCAAAUUUCUUUUUAUACUGUGUUUUUUAAAUGAGAAAAUUAACACUACAGUAUUGUGCUUCAUAAAAGCAUACAAUAAUGACCUAAUUAAAUGGAAUGUAAAGUAUUCCACAGUUUUGCCAGAAUUUUUUUCUUUUACUUUGGUUCAAUGGACAUUGUACUGCUUCUUCUGGUGUGCUCGCCUUAGUCUCUUCUGGGCAAUAUAGUAUAGAAAUAGAAAUACCGUAAUUUCCGGCCUACAAGCCGCGGCUUUUUUCACAUGCUUUCAACCCUACGGUUUAUGCGGUGAUGCGGCGAUAGUGUUAGCGCAGCGCUAGCAUUAGCGCACCAGGUUAUAAGCCUCGCUACACAGAAAGAGUUUAACGCUGUGUAGCUGUUAGCGUUAAACUCUUUCUGUGUACCGAGGCGUAUAACCAGGUGCGCUCUGCAGGCCGAGAAUUACGGUAUACAUGAAGAAGAGUUUGACAAAUGACUCAGUACGCUGAAUUAUACUACAAAGGAUGAAGACUAUAUGCCUACGAGUAUUGUUAUACUGUCUGUUUUGCUGCUUCACCGUUUGAGUUAAAUAUCUGUUGUUUGAAGGUUGAGAACACCGUAACACUGGCGCUAUUUGUUAUCUCAUCUAUGGCGCUUUGUAUUGCUUGUUAGCAUUAAGGUAAAAAGACAAAAAUGUGGUUGGUAUGAUUCUCUUCAAGCAUAAUUUGGGAGUAUACUUCAAGUGGAAGUGGCAUUCAACUGCUCGAAGCCCCUUUUCAAGAAUUGUUCACUAUCCGCAAACGCUUGCGAAGUGAAUUGACUCAAGUUGAGUUCACCGCCACCAUAAAUCACUCAUAUCUCAAAUUUAACGCUCCGAACGAGCACUCGUAUCUCACUCUUAUCUCAAGGCACCACUGUCUUUUUGUUUUUUUCAAUGAUUGCCGAUACUGAAGACCUCAAGAAAAUUACCUCUCAGUGUUCCUUCUUUUUAAUAAUAAUAAAAAGAGUUUAUGUGCGUUGUUACUGAGAUCAACUCGACAACAGGGUCCACUCGAGCAGUGGCCGGCGACAGUUGUUUUGUCUUCACUCGUGUUUCUACCCAACAAUGGGAAAUCAAAGACAUGCGAUACUGUUGCGAUGUCGCUGUUUAGCAUGAGCACUUUUUUUCGACUAAAAGCACAACAUCUUGUAGCCGUUCUAUGUGUGCGAAACAUGUUCAGCGUGUGUGGGCGUGUCCCCUUUUUGUAUAACCCAACGUAUGCUGUAUUAAUCAGUUAGUAGCAACGUGUCAAUGGGUGUUAUAUCGAAUACUACUUGAAUUAACGUGAACUUUUCCUAACAUUCCUCUCCUGAUCUAUUUAGUAGAGCAAAGGUGACCCAAGUUAGUUGGACGUAUCGUCAUACAAGUUUUGUCUUAUUUAUAUAAGAAAGCAUCCCAACUACGGUGGGUUUAUGCAGCGGUGUUGUCAAAUUUGAAUGUACUCACAAGCGAGAAGUACAACUCAAGUGUUUGAAUCUGAUCUCGUGCAAAUGUGUUUUAUGAUGUCACUGGUGUGCUGCACAAAAUCAUUAGUGAUCUUGUCAACCUUUCUGUAUUUUUUUUUAAUAUGGUCAUACUGCUCAGUGCUGUGUUGUCGUUCUUCCAAUUUGCUAACACAACAAAUAUUUUGUAUCCCUCUUUUUUUCUUUUGUGUCUGGUUUCAAGGUUUUUCUAUUCAUACGCAGAAGGGAUCCAUUUGGGUCCACCACUGUAUCCUUAAUCAUUAAAAUGGCUCUCAAAAUGAUUUUGAUUCACCGUGCACAAUAGAAAAUUCCACAAAAAUACGUAAUAUCAAUAACGGUGUUAUACUCUUGUCGGCGGCUGAUCUGCGUUGACCUCUGAACUCUUCGUCAGCUGUCUGUGACCCUCUUUGUGGUGUAUUGAUUGAAAAGUAAUAUCAAAUGUUGAGAUUGGCCAGCAUUUAUAAAUAAAUGUAAAUACACGUACACCCUUUAUAUUCAUAUGCAUAUCUAAUUUGUAUCAUGUAAAUAGCAGUUAGUUUUAGUCAAAUAAAAUAUAUAUAUAUAAUUUUCAAAGUGCUUUUAAACCUCGUCUUUCGAUCGGUGUCUAUUUUCUUGUCUCUAUUUUAAUA